UAAACAUUAUACCUAUGAGCAUUUUCUAGACCUGUGUCAAAGAAUCUUUCCAGACUGAUUGUGCGUCUGUAUCAAUCUGUGCAACUUGAGCCAAUGAUGCCACGAGGCACGAGCAAGAGUAGUGGAAUGACAACUAUCCCGUUGAAACGAAAGGACAAACGAACGCGAGCAUAUUUUCCCAAGACAAGAACUGGUUGUUGGACUUGCAGAAAACGACGAGUCAAAUGUGACGAAAAAAAGCCAGAUUGUGCUAGAUGUGAGGCUUCGGGUUUCAAAUGCGAUGGGUACUCUGUAGACGCAUUUUCACAUGCUCACAGGCGCGCAAUUGUUGUUCAGAAACCGCAGCCAAAGAGAAAAUCUAGUGCAACUCAUCGUGCUAUACUACCCUCGAAAGCCCCUAAAACAGCUCGUAUAAACAUACGAGUUCUGCGACCAAGGAGUCCCAUCGUCGAAACCGAACAAGAAUACCGGUACUUUUGUUUCUUCACGGAAAGUACUACACAACGGCUAUGCGGAUUCUUCGAAUCAAAACUAUGGAGUCAUCUAAUGUUGCAAGCUGGCGAACAGGAACGGCCAAUUCGGCAUGCUAUGAGCGCUAUAGGGGCUCUUGAUUUGAUAUUGCAUACGAAAGAGCAAAAUCCACGAUCACCCGUUGCAAGGUCAACUAUAGAGGACCAUCAUAUGUUCGCUAUCAAACAGUAUGAUAAAGCAGUGAAAUUGAUGAAGGAAGAUAUCGCUGAAAGAGGCCAUUCAUUAAGAACAGCCUUACUCUUUUGCUUGCUCAUUGUAUGCUUUGAGAAUCUUUAUGGGACACAACAAUCCGCUACUGUACACAUCAUAGCUGGAAUCCGUCUAAUAGAAGCAUAUCAUCAUGAACAUACAUCUAGAAGCGACGCACCUCAUCUGCAAAAGUCUGAGGAGUCCGAUGCUUCGACCGAUUCGGUUACUUUUGGCAUAGCUUCUCCGGUGCCAAGUGACGUAGAAGAUGAAAUCUACCAGGCCUUCGGCUUACUAGAAAUCGCUUCGUUGAGCUUCAAUGUUGACGGUCGAGGCAUGGCCUACCAUAUGUUAGCUAAGGAUUCUGGAUCCUCGUGUGUAAAGAACAUGCCUUCUCGAUUUGCAUCUCUCCCGGAAGCCAAGGCCUAUUGGGAUCUCAUCAUGCGUCGUCUUUUGCAUCUUUUGCCCACGUUGAAUACCGCACAAGCAACAAUGCGCGGCUACGAGGAUGAUAAUGAGACAGCUAUCAUGAAGAAACCUUCUUCAGCUGUGAUUGAAGAACAAGAGAGAUAUCUUGCCGAAUUAGUUUCUUGGCACGAGGCUUUUACACCAAUCUUGGAAAAAUGCCGUCUCUUCCCGAGAAAGAGAGAUUUUGCAGGUGCCACAAUCCUAAAAUUGCGCUGGAUUCUCUGUCGCAUUGCCAUUAACUCCGCAUUGAUCCCAUCGCAAGUCGCUCUUGAUCAGUACUUGGAAGAUUUCCGCGAAGUCCUUAAUUCAGCAAAAAGCUUAAUGUCUCAUCCAGCAUGGACAGGCAAGUUCACAUUUGAUUCUGGAAUCAUCAGUCAGAUAUAUGUUGUUGCACUCAAAUGUCGAAAUUUUCCAAUUCGAUCGGAAGCUAUCUCAUUGUUAUUGUCGAAGUCAUGGCGCGAGGGGGUGUGGGAUAGUGCUGUGGCUGGCAAUAUUGCUAGAGCAGUUGUGGGCUUGGAAGAGGAAGGUAGAGAAGCUGGCUUCAUACCUGAGAGUAAGAGAGUGUAUCAGACCUCUAUGCGAUUCGAUUUACAAAAGCGGAUUGGAACAGUGAAAUGCUUUAGAAAUAUUAGUAACCCAUCCGAAAGAGAGCACCCGAUUACGAAGAGCAUAAAGUGGUAAAGCCAUGAUAAUUGGCGAUCAUCUCUACAAAGCACAUGUUUGCUUGAGGCUUACAUUGAAAGGAGGAUGGAAGGGGUACCUACAAAUAACAUGGUGGAUACUCAAUCUGAAGUUGAGUUGGACCUUGUAACUUUAACGAUGCGCCAAUAAAACCGAGAACAUAUCAAAAAUAAAGCAUGUGAUCGGCGUGAGGGCGUUGAUGAUGGAAAGCGGUCCGAGCCGGCUUCAAAGAUUAGCCGACCCCAUACAUAUAACCAAAUAUGGCGACAAACAUUUAAGCACCCCCACGUCUCGUAUGGCGCAGCGGUAGAGUUCAUCAUUCCCGAGUAAUGUUGUCCGCCUCUCUACUUGCAUUGGCAGGGCUUCGUCAGUGACAACGUAUAUAAGACCUGUCUGAACGCAAGUUCAGUCAGGGUAAAAACGAUUUGGUUCAUUGGGAUUCUAGGCGUCCGGGCCUAGAGUUUUGCCAUUUUGGAAUCCAUUUUUGUGGGGCCUAGUAAUAAUGGUUGGUCAGCAGUAGCAAGUGAAUACUACUAGGUAGGUAUAUUAUUGUUGUUUCAAGGAAGGCUGAAAAGUUUCAUUGGAGUACGGGUUUAUUGGCGGUCAAGUGUUGAAAGUUCACUUCAAUUUUUGGAUCAUUUUUUGUGGAUACUAUAUUUUGUAUUAAUAGUCGGCUCUUCAAGCGGCCGGCUAUUACCUUCUCACUCAAAAAUAAUAUGGUCUAUUUAUCUGCUGUCUAGAAUCUAGUGCCUAGGCUAAGAAUCAAUAAUUGGGGAAGUCUGCAUUCCAAGGUUGUAUAUGUUAUUUUCAUGUGGCUAUGUUGAAGUUUGGCAAUAGGUACUAGGUAGGUGCCCAGAUGCCAUGCACGUUGAAGAAAAGAACAACCUUCCAACGUUAUUAGUGAUAUAUUUUGGUUCUAUGAUUUGUUUCCAUAUAUUCAUUGUGUUCAUUGCAAUCUGAAAUAAAACCUGAUA